AUGAGAAGGGCAUUUUCUCAGCUAGCAAGCCGGUUACUGAAGUCCAAGGAUAACGAACUGAAAUCGACUCUAAAAUACUUAACCAAUGGCUCCAUCAAGUCAUUAGGGUCUUUAUUCGAAUCUUCUGAAUCUAGUAGACGGGGAUCGCUAUUGGUCCGUUCAAGCAAUAAAGAAAGCAAUCUCCAGGAUCACCACAUAGAGAACAUUUUAAGGAUACUGAACUCAAAUCUACCAGAAGUAGAAUCCAAGAAACAGAAAGUGGCGGUUCAUUAUGACGUGCUCUUCUCACAAUUAAAUUCAAUAGUCACUCAGGCAGCAGAUAACGAAGGCACUUCCUCGAAGCAACUGCGAACUGCGUCAUCUGAGGAUCUAUAUGACAGAUUGCUGCUUCUGCAGUAUAUGGGUAAGUUAACCAAUGUGCGUCAAAUUACAGAAAUCCUACUCUCCAAGAACUUCAACAAAUUCAAUGAUUUAUGGGAGCAUAGGGCAUUGUUCGACGAAUAUCAAAAAGUAGUAAUAUCCAUUUUAUUUUAUUAUAGAACGCAUAAUGCACAAAUAAGAAAAGAUUGCGAGUUUCAUUGGUUGUCCAACUACGGCGAUCUACCGUUUCCACUGCGACGUCUUUUGUGGAGAUGUCUCACUUUUGAUAUUUCUCAAGAGAAUAUCCCUCAAAUAAUAUCUCACUACAUUAAGGUUUUAGGUGAUAGUUGGAGGCAUAACAAUUUGAUUUUAAUUUAUCAAUCUCUGUAUGAAAAAUCCCACCUACUACCCGAGUUAACAGUCUUGGAUGGGAAUAGAUCGGAAGCUCUCUCUUUUACCCGAAAUCAAAUACUGCUUGUUCGUAUAUUGAGGGCAAUUUCAAAAUGGAUGGAGGAAGAACCAAAAUUGAUCAAGAAAUGGUUAAUAAGCAUAGUAAAAUUGAGUAUACAAAACAAACUUAUGCUGGAGGUACCAUUCGAAGCACCUAAAUCGAUAAUGGAUCAAUACAAAUUCAUUAGAUCUUUAGAUAUUUCCAUACAAGGUAUUUAUCGGGUAUGUCAAAACAGAUCAAUCCUCGAAUACUUACAAGUCGAUCUCGAAACUAUACUGAAGAUGAUCAACGAUGAAGAACAUGAUCUAAAAACACACCUACCAUUGAACCUGAUAUAA